GUGUCUGGAGAACCCAUCAUGGGAGGCCCAGCUGUCCUCCUCGCCGUGGCUCUGGCCACCCUCCUGGCUCCAGGAUCAGGGGUGCCCAUCCGCAGGCAGGGCUCCCGGAACAAGCUGCUCCUGGUGUCCUUCGAUGGUUUCCGCUGGGACUAUGACCAGGACGUGCUCACCCCCAACCUGGACGCCAUGGCACUCGAUGGGGUGAAGGCUCGCUACAUGACCCCAGCCUUCAUCACCAUAACCAGUCCCUGCCACUUCACCCUGGUCACUGGCAAAUACAUCGAGAACCACGGGGUGGUUCACAACAUGUUCUACAACACAAGCAGCACGGUGAAGCUGCCCUACUACACCACGCUGGGCAUCCAGAGCUGGUGGGACAACGGCAGCCUGCCCAUCUGGAUCACGGCCCAGAGGCAGGGCCUAAAGACCGGCUCCUUCUUCUACCCGGGUGGGAAUGUCACCUACCAAGGCGAGGCUGUGACACUGAGCCGGAAGGAAGGCGCCCUGCACAACUACAAGGACGAGGAGGAAUGGAGGGCCAAUAUCGACACUGUGAUGAAGUGGUUCACGGACGAGGGCCUGGACCUGGUCACCCUCUACUUUGGGGAGCCAGACUCCACGGGCCACAGGUACGGCCCCGAGUCCCAGGAGAGGAAGGAGAUGGUAACGCAGAUAGACAGGACUGUGGGCUACCUCCGGGACAGCAUCAGGCACAGCGGCCUGGAGAGCAGCCUCAACCUGAUCAUUGUGUCUGACCACGGCAUGAGCACGGUCAACAAGAACGCCAGCGACCUGGUGGAGCUGCACAAGGUCACCAACUUCACCUUCAAGGACAUUGAGUUCGAGCUCCUCGACUAUGGACCAAACGGGAUGCUGCUCCCCAAGGAAGGAAUGCUGGAGAAGGUGUAUGAGGUCCUCAAGGACGCCCACCCCAGGCUCCACGUCUAUAAGAAGGAGCUAUUCCCCAAGUCUUUCCACUACGCCAACCACCCCAGGGUCACGCCCCUGCUUAUGUACAGCGACCUUGGCUAUGUCAUCCAUGGGAGAGUGAACGUGCAGUUCAACAAAGGGGAGCACGGCUUCGACAACAAUGUCAUGGACAUGAAGGCCAUCUUCCGGGCUGUGGGCCCCAGCUUCAAGAGGGGCCUGGAGGUGGAGCCCUUCGAGAGCGUCCACGUGUACGAGCUCAUGUGCAGGCUGCUGGGCAUCGUGCCCGAGGCCAAUGACGGGCUCCUCAGCACCCUGCUGCCCGUGCUCCAGGAGGCCCACGAUGGAGUCCUCAGCACCUCGCUGCCCACCACCCCCUCAGGGUCCGCUGUCCCACCAAGCAGCUGGCCCCACUUGGUGACAGGACUGCUGGUGGCUGCAAUUCUCCUGGUCAAGGUCGCAUAA